CGCGUUUUACACCUUAUGGUGAAAUUUCUGAUUGCGAAACGUGUGUGAAGUUCCCUUCAUUAUUUUUCGAUUUUCCCCGUUUUAAAGCAAGCAAAUAUGGCUGUAAGGGCACAGUUUGAAGGUAACAACGAAAUAGGAGUCUUUGCGAAGCUGACCAACACAUACUGCUUAACGGCAAUCGGAGGAUCCGAGAAUUUCUACAGUGUGUUUGAAGGUGAAUUAGCAGAAACAAUCCCAGUGGUGCACAUCAGCCUUGCAGGAUGCAGAAUUAUAGGCAGAAUGUGUGUUGGAAAUCGUCACGGCCUGCUGGUGCCAAUCAGCACUACAGAUCAGGAGCUGCAGCACAUACGUAACUCACUGCCAGACACGGUGAAGGUGCAGCGAGUAGAGGAGCGGCUAUCAGCCCUCGGUAACGUCAUUGCUUGCAAUGACUAUGUGGCCCUCGUACAUCCAGACCUUGACAAAGAAACAGAGGAAUUAAUAUCGGACAUAUUGAAAGUGGAAGUGUUCAGACAGACUAUGGCAGACAACGUCCUUGUGGGAAGUUAUUGUGCUUUGAGUAAUCAGGGGGGAUUGGUGCAUCCAAAAACGUCAGUACAAGAUCAAGAUGAGUUAUCUUCUCUACUUCAAGUACCUCUAGUGGCUGGCACAGUGAACCGAGGCAGCGAUGUGAUUGGUGCAGGGCUCGUGGUCAAUGACUGGAUAGCCUUCUGUGGCCUGGACACAACCAGCACAGAGCUGUCCGUGAUUGAAAGCGUGUUCAGACUGGGAGACGCCCAGCCCAGUACCAUAGCCCAGAACAUGAGGAGCUCUCUCAUUGACAGGUACAGUUAUAGCACCAUAGCCCAGAACAUGAGGAGCUCUCUCAUUGACAGUAUGACUUAGCUGGAAGUUGGUAGCUGAUUCUAGACACUGUGUUAAGCAUCCUCAAUGGAGGAAAGCAACAAUUUUGUGCUGCAUCUAUAUGUUUCUAUUCAUAACCUGUAAAUUAUCAAAGUACACCAACAAGAUGAUGACAAAUAGAGCCAAAGGAGUUCACACUUAAAUAUUAUCCAUCAAAAGUUUUAAGUUGCAGUGGACACAACUUAUUGUGCAAUAUUACCAAACAAGACGUUUAAUCUUCAAUCCAUUAAUUAUGGACAUGUACAUGUAAUGUUGAACUUUUUUAUGGCAAGAUUGCUUCAGAAAUCAGUCCUCGAGCUAUCUUGAAUACAAAUAUUAAGAAAUAAAUAGUAUACCAAGAUGUUAAACAGGCAGAUUAAUUAUUUUUAUGUCAGAAACACAACUCAAUGUUCAAGUAUAUAUUUGUGAAAACUAACUGCGCUGAUUUUAUUAACCAACUUUUUGGGCCUCCAUGUCUGUUUGGAAAGGAAAAUAUCUCAGACAAGUUACACAUCAGCUUAAAAAAACAAAUCUUCACUUAGACCAAGGGCAGAAAUAAUCACUUAUAACAUUGUGCUGAAUCUCUAUUACAAAUUUCUUACUUUAAAGUUAUUUAAUUUCAGAAUUUUAGGUUAAAACAAGCAUUGUAAACAUGUAGUCGUUGAUUUAUGAACAAGUUAUAAAAAUGUCACUCAACAUGCUCUAUCAUUAUAUAUGGUAUAAAUAUAUAUUGCAAUUUAUGCUUUGCACAAGAAAAGUGUGCUAUGUAAAUAUGCUAUGCACAAGAUAAUUCAGCCAUUUCAAUAAAUCCCAAAAUAUCAAA